AUGUCUCCACGAAGCCAAGUGCCGUUGGCGGCGGCCGCUACCCAGAAAAUCGAAAGCGUUAGGACUACAAAAAAGGGCCCGCUCAUACCCUACCAUGUCGUUUUAUCAGUCAUCUUCAGUGUUGGGCUCAUAUCCGCUGCCUUUGCAACAAUCUCAGAUUGCGAUGAAGUCUUUAAUUAUUGGGAACCCACACAUUAUCUAUCUUACGGCGAUGGAUUACAAACAUGGGAAUACUCUCCGGUCUAUGCUAUCAGAAGUUGGCUGUACGUGGGCGUUCACUCCCUCUUAACUUUACCGUUUUCGCUUGUUCCCAAUAUCCAGAAGUAUCAUAUUUUUUUUAUUCUGCGAGCAAUCUUGGCAGGAAUCGGCUCGGUAUCUCAGGCCGAGCUUUAUGACGCUCUCUCUCGAUCUGUUGACCCCGAGGUGGGUCUGUUUUUUAUCUUGAUAUCCGUACCAAGUGCGGGUAUGUUCCAAGCAAUACCAGCUUACUUGCCAUCAUCAUUCGCAAUGUACUUUGUUAUGUUCGGAAUCGCGGAGUUUCUCAAAACGCCGGUCUUCCUAUCGAGGGCCAUUACAUAUUUUGCUGUUGCUGGGCUUCUUGGAUGGCCAUUUUGCCUCGCCCUUGUCGUGCCACAACUUUUACUAUGGGGCUUCGACGAUGGGAGGGCCCGUGGUAGCAUCAAUAUGGUUCGGCGUAUGGCCUGCAGCGUUUUUUCGCCACUUAUUGUGUUAGCAAUUGUUAUCGGCGCUGACUCCUUGGCUUAUCGAAAACCUGUAUUCGUGCCUUUGAAUAUUAUAUUAUAUAAUGUCUUUGGUGGCUCAGAAAGAGGACCGAAUCUUUAUGGCACGGAGCCUUGGUGGUACUAUAUUGCCAACCUGUCCUUGAACUUUAACAUAAUGGCUGUGGCCGCCCUUGCGAGUAUCCUUGUGCUGGCCAUAACAUCGGUUAUCCUGUCAACUGGUGUCACUAGACUGCAAUUUGUUCUGUUACUCCCGUUCUAUCUUUGGUUCGGCAUAUUUUCACUGCAGCCGCACAAAGAGGAACGCUUUAUGUUCCCUGCGUACCCAGCACUCUGCAUUAACGCUGCAAUGUCAAUGAGCUGGGUGAAGGGCCUUAUUUUAUUCUCUGGCACUAAGUUAAAAAUCCAAGCUAAAGUCGCUAGUGCUUUGGGGACAUCCCUCAUCGCUGGCGUACUGGCGAUGUCGGCUCUUAUAUCGACAUCCCGUACUGUCGCCAUUAUAACAGCUUAUAGUGCACCGCAAACUAUAUAUCGAUCUGGCCAAAAUAUAUCUGGGAAUGUUUGUUUUGGGAAAGAAUGGUAUAGGUUUCCGUCAUCUUACUUUCUUCCUUCAGGAGCAAGACCACGAUUCAUCAAGAGCGCCUUUACAGGCCUUUUGCCAGGGGCGUUUGAGGAAACUAAUACACCUUUUAGAGAUGGGACAUGGAUAGUACCUCAGAAUAUGAACGACCUUAAUCAGGAGGAUUAUUCUAAAUAUACCCCGAUUGGUGAGUGUGACUACCUAGUCGACUCUUAUUUUAGCAGUACGGGAAGGCAAGCAGAGUCAUUGGAACCAAAUUAUAUUCUAGACGCCGAGAAUUGGGACCGUGUAACAUGCCAUAGGUUCCUCGAUGCUGCACAAACUCCUUUCCUAAGUCGGGCACUUUGGCUCCCGAGCUUAGCUUACGAAGACCAAAGAGUCUGGGGGGAAUAUUGCAUAUUGAAGAAAAAGCAGAACAGGGUAACUUAG